AAUGGAAAGAAGUUGUGUAGAGGAAUUUGUUUGAGUCCUGUUUGAAGGGGGGGAGAGAGAGAGGAGGAGAAAGGAGAGGGGGCCUUGUCGAUGAGGUUGAGGGGCUUCUCAGCUCCAGAAAUAACUUCUUAUUUACAACUUUGGCUGGAAAACUUUGGCCUUGCUGCGCCUCGAGCUUCAGAAAGGACACAGCUGGAAGGCUGGAAGGCUGGAAGGCUGUUUUCACACUUCUUGGAUGUUCUUCUCGUGGACCUUUGGAAGAUACUGGGUUUCCCUCAGCUGUAAAGCAGAACCAGCGAGUUGUGUUUGGCUUUUUUUUUCCUUCUCGAAACCUGAAAAACGAGAACUCCGCGCCUGAGAAGACAGCCUCGCGCAUCUUCCUCGAGCUUCGUCCCCAAACUUUUCCUUCUGCAGCUGUUUGUCGGUGUGGAAGCGAUGCGGUGACGCUGAGUCAUCAGGGAAACACAGCGCGACUCGAGCGAACGAGAAAGUCUCCAAGUUCUCACAGCAAGACGAGAAGGAUGAAGCUCUCCGACCUCCCGCUGCUCGUUCUCCUCCUGGCCCCCGCGCUCGCGCUCACGGCCGGUCAGAGUUUGUCAGGGUUGCGCUUCAUUCAGAGUCCAGGGAAUGUGACCUCGUCGCUAGGGAAGCCGGUUGACGUCCAGUGCAUCCUGCAGGGCAAUGGAGGCGACGAGGGCCCGCCGGACAUCCUGUGGCUCAGAGAGGGUCAGCCGCUGGAGUUCGCCGACACCAACCAGGUGCAGGUGCCCUACAGCGAGGACACCUGGCUGGUCAUCAGCACGCUCCGGAUUGAAGAGGUCCAGCUGUCGGACAUGGGCGCCUACCGCUGUGCAGUGGUCACGGAGGAAGAUGAGUUGGAGUCCGUUGAAGGGCACAUCCAAUUAGAGGGUCUCCCUCAUUUCUCAGUGGAGCCUCGCUCUAUGCCUGUAGUGGCGAAUAAAGGCCUGAGCCUGCAGUGCGUUGCCCACGGCCCCCCUGAGCCCGUAUGGGUCAUCUGGCUUCAGGAUGGAGCCCCUCUCAACACGCUGAGCGACCCUGUGGCCCUGUCUCCAUCGACCCUCAACAUCACAGGACUGAACAAAACCAGCUCGUUCUCCUGCGAGGCUCAUAACCGCAAAGGUGUGGCAUCAUCCGGCUCUGGAGUUGUAACCGUCCUCCCUGCUCAGCCGCAGGACGUUAAGCCUGCAGAGGUCACAAACUCCAGCAUCCGUCUGUCCUGGACUCCAGGCUUUGCAGGAAUUUACCCCAUCACUCUCUGUACAGUUCAGGUCAGACCAUCAGGAGAGGACUUGAAUCCAGAUCACGUGAUCCACAACCAGAACGUUAAUGUCCCACCUGCCACCCACCUGGUCUCUGACCUGGAGCCCUUCAGCCAGUACGAUGUGAGAGUGGCCUGCCGGAGCAGCGAGGGCGUCUCUGAUUGGACGUCGUGGGUGACAAUCAGCACCAGUGAAGGAGUUCCAGAUGGCGCACCGGUGAACUUGACCGCAGUGCUGAACGGGACGGAGGUGCUGAUUAGGUGGGCCGAACCUGCGGGCAGGAUUAAUGGAGAACUGCAGGGCUACAGGAUCGAGUACAGCACACCUAAUAUGGAGCAGGUUGUGCUGGACGUUGGAAUGGACAUUGAGGUGUUUGUCAAUCUGUCCAAUGCUUCAUCAAACAUCUCCUUCAGGGUGUGUGCUUACACAGGAGCAGGACAUGGACCCUGGACCCCCGUCCAAACGCUCUCUCUAGUCCCUGCAGAAUUCAGAGAGCUCAAAUAUGUUGGUCCCACCUCUCUGCCAGUGUUCUCCUGGCACUGGUGGUAUGUGGUCAUGGCCAUAGCUGUAGCCAUCGCUCUGGCAGUGCUGAUGGCGGUGUACGUGGCCAAACUGCGGCGGAAGGAGACGCGCUUUGGUGAGGCUUUUGAGCCCAUGAUGGAGAGCGGGGAGCUGGUGGUGAGGUAUCGAGCUCGUCGCACCUACAGCCGCCGCACCACCGAAGCCACACUGAACUCUCUGGGUAUCAGCGACGAGCUCAAGCAGAAGCUUCAGGAUGUGAUGGUGGACAGACACAAACUAACCCUGGGAAAGACUCUCGGAGAGGGCGAGUUCGGCUCUGUUAUGGAAGGCCUGCUGACUCAGGAGGAUUCCGUUCUUAAAGUGGCCGUAAAGACAAUGAAGAUUGCUAUCUGCACCCGCACUGAGAUGGAGGACUUUCUCAGAGAGGCAGCAUGCAUGAAGGAGUUUGACCACCAGAACGUCAUGAGGCUACUAGGAGUGUGUCUGCAGACAGUAGAGAGUGAAGGUUACCCGUCUCCUGUGGUGAUUCUGCCCUACAUGAAACAUGGAGACCUGCACAGCUACCUGCUCUACUCACGACUCGGAGACUGUCCUGUAUACCUGCCGUCUCAGAUGCUGGUGAAGUUCAUGACGGACAUCGCGAGAGGAAUGGAGUACCUGAGCGGCAAGAACUUCAUUCAUAGAGACCUGGCUGCACGCAACUGCAUGCUGAACGAGAACAUGAAUGUCUGUGUUGCUGACUUUGGCCUGUCUAAGAAGAUCUAUAACGGAGACUACUACAGACAGGGCCGCAUCUCCAAGAUGCCCGUCAAAUGGAUCGCAAUCGAGAGCCUGGCAGACAGAGUUUACACCACCAAGAGUGACGUGUGGUCGUUCGGGGUGACGAUGUGGGAGAUAGCCACACGCGGUCAGACUCCGUACCCUGGCGUGGAGAACAGUGAGAUCUACGAUUACCUGAGGCAGGGCAACCGCCUCAAACAGCCGCCCGACUGCCUGGACAGCAUAUAUUCCCUGAUGUUCUCCUGCUGGUUACUGAGCCCUAAAGACCGGCCGAGCUUCGAGGUCCUGCGCUGCGAGCUGGAGAAAGCCCUGGACGAGCUGCCAGACCCCCAGGACCCUGAUGAGAUCCUGUACGUCAACAUGGAGGAGUCUUCAGGCGAGCUGGGGGCCGUGGGGGGCCGGGAGCCCAUCAUGGGUGGCCCCUGUCCUCUGGGUGCCCUGAAGGGCACAGACUCGGUGGCCACCGUGGAGAUCCACCCUCCGGGUCGUUACGUCAUCUGCCCUCAGCACGAGAGCCAGCGUCUGCUCAGCGCCGAGUCCUUAGAGAGCCUGAACCUCGCAGGCUCCGCCCCCAUGAUGCUGCUACAGCCGUCCUCUCACUCCACCCCCCUCCCCUCAGCCGACCUCCAGCCGUCGGAGGAGAGAGAAGGGCCAGGGGGGAAGAGAUUACCCUGGCACUGAUGCUAAAACUGACUCACAGAGACUACAAAUCCAUUUUGGCGCUGUACUGCCUCAUGUGGUGAGAUUAGGUAUUGACCCUCAGUGCCUCCUGCCCUUUGCACAUCCCCUCCGCACAUUCGCGGAACCACAAACACACUUCCCCUGACAUUCCAUGGUUUAUUUGAGAGAUUCGUAUAUUAUAGACCAAACAUUUUUACUCAUAUAUGACUUUUUACUUCUAUAAUAUAGUUUUGUAAUUAUCACACACACUUUAAAAGGAUUCUUCAAGGGUUCUUUAGUACAGAAAAUGGUUCUUUAAAGAAGAAGAUUGAUGGAGAGUGUGUUUAAUAUGGUUCUGUAUGGAACCUUUUUAAUAAGGCCCCAAAAAGUGUUAUUCUAUAGUUACAAGCUUGACAUUGAAACAACAGCAGAACCAUUUCUGGUGCUAUAUAGAACCAUGUACAGCACAUUCUCCAUUAAUCUGAAGAACCAUUUCACCAUGCAAAGAACCAUUUAAGCAUGCAAAGGGUUCUUUGAGUGUUCAUGGUUCUAUAUAGAACCAUUUUCUUUAACAAACCCUUGAAGAACCAUCUUUAAGAGUGCAGUUGUAUAUUUGCCCCAUACACGUUAGGUUCACUCUCACCAACGACUGUAUAUAGUGAACAACAGGGACUCCCAUUGUUACGAUUAUUACGAAGCCUGAAACUGAAAACCGGAAUCCUUUUCGUGUUUGUGCGGUACAGCCCCGCCCACGUUGGUUCUGGCCACGCCCCCUCUUCAUGCUGGCAGAGUGCACAAUGACUGAAUUUGACAUUGUUCGUAAUUAUUCAGACCACAAGUGCUGAAUAGUUAUUGACUGGAUGUGUAAACGUUAGUUUGACUUACACGACUGGGUGCAGGGUUAGAAACUGUACUACAGCCAGCCACUAGGGGGCGUCCAAGACAUUUUGGCUUCACUUUUCAACUGCUGUCCACUCAUAUGACCACAAUCAAGUCAUUAGAUACAUCCAGGUCCAGUGUAUUAAGUCAGGUCCAUGUUCAUCAGACAAGCAAGCACGAUGCCAGUGUACAUUACAACACAUGAAUCACGCAUUCACAAUGAACUCAGGUGGUACUAACCAAUUAAUGAUAAUGCAUCUAUCACCAGCACAUCACUGCCAGGAAUCAGAACUCCUGUGGGCUAGAUUUCCCCUUUGUAGUGCCUCUUUGUAAGUAAAGACGGAGGUUUUAUUGUGUGCCCUCUCAUGACCGUUCAGUCCAACAUAUCCGUCCACAAACAAAUCAAAACUUGAAGCACUUCUGUUUAAUGCAUUAUGGCCAGAGCCGGAUUAUGAGGAGGCUGGCCACUUCCUAUUUCCCCCAUUAUAUCAAAAACAGGACUGCAAAACAGCAGAGGGCACACGCGAGUGAGUCAUCAAUGAAUGGGAGUCAAAGGAGCUCAGCGGCUAAAAACGAAAAGUUAAAAUAGUUUCUAAUCACUAACACAGAACUUUCCUUUAAUUCUAGAGAGUAGAAGGAUGUAUUUCACUAAAAACACAAAGAAAACUCACCUGUAUGUUUCCUUUUUUAUACAGCAAACAGGUUUUGGGCAGCAGGACGCUAACAUUACUGCUACUGAGUGCUGAUUGGUUGGCGAGCAGAGCAGCUCAUUGGCCGUUCGCGCGCAUAGACGUCAUGACGUACACAAGGCGCCGUUUUAAACACCUAUAACUCGAGUUUAAAAGCUCUUAAAAAUAUACAGCAGUGUUAAAAUGUUUUAUGCUGUUCUGUGUUCAGGAAAUGAAUGAAUUUUUUUACAUUAAAAAUGUUUAAGCAUUUCUAAAUGCUCCAUAUCAACCCAUUCAUUUUGGACUCGCUGAGGAGCGCCCUCUGGUGUUUGAGAAACCUGGAAGACAUUACAGAGCGGUAGUUCUCCUCUCCACACGUUCUCUGAUAUGGCCUCAAGUAACAACUAGGGACAGACGUACAUCUCGUUAGGGAGGUUGGAAAGAGCGAAAGACAUACACAGCUUUGAUAAAUGUAGUUUAACUUUAACUCUCUCACUAUUGUAAAACAACUAAGGAGCAAAAACCAAACCAAAUCCUCAGUGCUGUUUUGGUGUUUGAAGAGUUUAAGGGGCACUCCGGCCAAAAUUAAAAUGGUAUCAUCUACGCUACUUCCAUGCUUUUUGGUGUAAACAUGCCUGCUCGCUUCCACAGUAGUGAGAGUGAAACUCCAGUAUAACGAUGAGGAAACCCCCCUUCUGAUGAUGUAUCUUGAAGGUGAGAGGUACUCUGAAUAACCUCAGCCACUUUGGGGUGGAUUUUUGGGGGGUUUUGAAUUUUUUUACUGGCUAAUGCAGAAGGAAGCCAGAUAGCCAAUGUUACCUAAGCUCCUGCUGGUGUGAGUUCAUGGCGGCUUAUGCGCCACCCUGCUGGAGAAACCUCAAAAACAAGGCGUUUACCAUUAUUACACCAUCAUUAUAGUGGAAUUCAGCUAGAGAUGCCUGUGGCAAACCGUGACAUAUAAUAUUUUCGUAGUUUCAUGACGCAUCUGAACCAAUGGCCUCUGGGAAAUUCACAGCACAGUGCAGAAGUUUACUGUCCGGCUUAUUAAUGACCUAUAAAAAUAAAGGAAUAAAACAUUAUGUGUACAUAUUUAAUAUUGUGUACACAUUGCAACACCCUAUCGCCUAAACCAAUGCAUGCUGGGUAUUGUAGUGAGAAUACUGAGGGAUGAAAACACAAAAAACAUAAAAUCAUGAAUUCUGUCAAACGACAAGGCUGAGGAAUGCAACUGCAAUAACAUGACAUAACAUAGUAAAUGCUAGUUUUAGGCCGGAAUGCUCCUUUAGCUCUUCAGAGCCCAACGUUGUGAUUAUAUCUGAAUACCUGCCUAACUAGCAGCAGAAUAAAGGCGCUCUGGAUGUUUGAAACACAUAAUUAAAAAGGAACUGAAGUUUCACUUCAACAACGAAAGGUAGCCGUUGUCCUCAAACUGAUCUGAGACCAGUUUUAUGGUUUCUGUGACAGCAGUGAAUAAGCUGGGUCCCAAAUCAGCCUCCUAAAGGGCAGUAGGUGAAACAUGGUGGGGGCACAAACUGGGCUUUACGGCCUCGACUCAAGCACAGUAUUAUUGGUUGUGUUUGUUUUUGUUCUUUUCUCUGUAUAUAUGAAAUUCUUGCACUAAUCAGUUUCAACAUUAUUGUUUUGUGUUUGUGUUAUGUUUUGUUAUGCAUCUUUUUUCGCUCGUUUGUUUGACAUCCCUACCUGACGUUUAGAAGAAGAGCUGUGAUUUUUAUGCUAAUAAGACAUAAUUUGAGAAAUUGUCAUUGAAAAUAUUGAUAAUAAUGAAAAUUUGUGUGCUUUAAGCUAGAAUUUCGAAUAUGAAAGGCUAAAAUGAAAACAGAUCAUAAAACAAUUUUAUCUUUCUUCAAAUGCUUUUUUUAUUCAGAAGUUUUCAGAAUAAUUGAUUGGAAUUAAUUUUCCUUCAUUUGGAAAUAUAAUAAUCAAUGCAUUAUGGGAAUAAAGUGGUCCGUGAGGACCCUCACUGAUUCUGUGGAAAGGUAUGACUUUACUAUCAGUGGUACUUUCUCCAACAUUGCUUUAAGGGGGAAGUCCACCAGUUUUUCAAGAUUUAGGCAUAAUUGAGUGUGUGAGAUGUAAACAGUGAUUCAGAGUGGUUUGGUGUGAAAUGGUUCAGAUGUCUUUACAGUGGUGGUGA